AUGUAUCGUACCACUAUGCGAUCGGCCUCGAGGCCUGUAAUUACCAGCCUGCGCUCGAACACGAUCCGCGCAGCCCCUCGACGAUUCAACUCGACAGCUACUCCCGCCGACAAGUCCCGAUCAUGGAAGAGCUCUGUGGCACGAUUGGGUCUGGCCUUCGGUGCUGUCUAUUACUACAACACAAGUCCCAUCUUUGCUGAUGAGGCUAUCUCAAAAACGGUUCCCGCACCUGCUGCCUUCUCCGACGAUGACCUCCCCACUGUCGACUCCGUCCUCGAGGAGAAGCGCAAACAGAUCAAGGCCAAGAGCGAGAAGCCCGCCGAGUCAUCAAAGCCCUCCGAGCCUCAACAGUCCAAUACUCAAGCCGCCGCCGCCGAUGGAUCGCCUGCUGCCUUAGAAGAGGAGGCCGACCAGCAAGGCGCUUUCAACCCCGAGACUGGAGAGAUCAACUGGGACUGCCCUUGCUUGGGUGGUAUGGCCCACGGCCCCUGCGGUGAGGAGUUCAAGACUGCGUUCAGCUGCUUUGUGUACUCGACCGAGGAGCCCAAGGGUAUGGACUGUAUCGAGAAGUUCCAGGGCAUGCAAGAGUGCUUCAAGAAAUACCCAGAAAUCUAUGGCGCUGAGCUCGCCGAUGACGAGGAGGGUGCUCCCACUCCCGAUUUUGGCGAUGAGCAGCCCACCCCCGACGCUCUCAAGGCUCCUGCUACCGACUUCGAGUCCCUACCCGAAGAUUCCUCUGCCACAGCCGAGCCCGAUUCACAAGCCCCUCCCCGAGCAACUUCCAGCGAAGCUGAGAAGAAUACCCUUGUUAACGGAUCCCGAAAGGUUCAGGAUGUCGCUACCCCCAUAGAGAAGCCACACAACCCAGAACUGUGGCAGGAUAUGCACAAGUCCGAGGUCCCCGUAAAGGAGGUUUUCGUUGAGCCUUCACAAGCGCAUGAUGCUACUGCUGCCAAUGCUGAGAUCAAGAUUAUUGAGCAGGAGAGGGAAGCCAAGAAGAAGGCUGAGAAGACGCAGUAA